AUGCUAGCGUCCUCUCCCUCACCAUCUUCGGCCCCUCUGCGCUCCUCCUUCUCGGCCUCCCCAUCGGCGCAUCCACACCACUAUGAUCCGGCCACCGGUCCCGCUCCACAAUUCAGCAGUCCCCGUUCGUCGCGCCAGGCCAUUGAGGAGCUUCGGUCGGCCCUAAACAAGCAUACCGUCGAUCCUUCAUCCCCUGAACCCUCUGGGGAACUUCACCGCAAGCGUUCUGCAUCCUCCUCAGCGCUGGUCCCUAGUAAUCCAUCCGCCUUAUCCGCCUCCACGUCCUCGUCACACUCGGACCCUUCUGCCGCACCUCCCGCUGCCAAUAAUACUAUCCCUAUCACUAAGCCUGCGUCGCCUGCGAAUCCUCCACCGGCGUCGUCCGUGGCCCGCUCGAUGCCCGCCCCCAGCAGCUCGGGCUCCAACAAGCGCAAUAGCCAGACCGACCAUCACCCGCCGGAUGUCACGCCGGCGGGCCAAUCCGCGGGCUCGGAAUUGGAGAGCUCGCAGUCAAAACGAUUGCGGUCCUCCAAGCCAGAUGUGAAAAUUCUGCCUACGAAAUAUGAAGACGCCGAUACCAAGGAUAUGGUGGUGCUGAUCUCCAGUAUGCUGCUGGAGCUGAUUCGGUUCAAUGAUCAAAUCCCAUUACACCAAGGGCGCCUGACGCGCUUCCAUUCGCGUUCUCCGCCCCGAAUAUCAGUGCAGGACUACCUGCAGCGAUUGACGACCCACGCCACCCUGUCGCCACCGAUCCUACUCAGCAUGGUCUUUUAUAUUGAUCGACUCUGUGCCCUGUACCCUGCCUUUACCGUUUCCAGCCUGACUAUCCACCGCUUCCUCAUAACCAGCGCCACGGUUGCCAGCAAGGGGCUGAGCGACAGUUUCUGGACCAACAAAACAUAUGCCCGGGUAGGCGGUAUUGGCAUGACAGAACUGGCAAUGCUGGAACUGGAAUUUCUCUUCCGAGUACAGUGGCGGAUUGUGCCUGAACCCGAGGUUCUGGUAGACUAUUACCGGAGUCUGGUGGAGCGAUGCGACAGCUUUGAGAUCGAGCGCCCCGGUGGAAAUGCCAGCUCCUCAGUAGCCACGUCGGAUGUUCCUCCCGCAUAA